CGGGAGAGGGGCGGCGUGGGGGGCCGGCGCGUAGCCGGGACUAUGGAGGGGCAGAGCGGCCGCUGCAAGAUCGUAGUGGUCGGGGACGCGGAGUGCGGCAAGACAGCGCUGCUGCAGGUGUUCGCCAAGGACGCCUACCCCGGGAGUUAUGUCCCCACCGUGUUUGAGAACUAUACUGCUAGCUUCGAGAUCGACAAGCGCCGCAUUGAGCUCAACAUGUGGGAUACUUCAGGUUCUUCUUACUAUGACAAUGUCCGGCCACUGGCCUACCCGGACUCUGAUGCUGUGCUUAUCUGCUUUGACAUUAGCCGGCCAGAAACCCUGGACAGUGUCCUCAAGAAGUGGCAAGGAGAGACUCAGGAAUUUUGCCCCAAUGCCAAGGUGGUGCUGGUUGGCUGUAAACUGGACAUGAGGACUGACCUGGCCACACUGAGGGAGCUAUCCAAGCAGAGACUUAUCCCUGUUACACAUGAGCAGGGCACUGUGCUGGCCAAGCAGGUGGGGGCUGUGUCCUACGUGGAGUGUUCCUCCCGAUCUUCUGAGCGCAGCGUCAGGGAUGUCUUCCAUGUGGCCACAGUGGCUUCUCUUGGCCGUGGCCACAGGCAGCUGCGCCGUACUGACUCUCGCCGGGGACUACAGAGAUCCACUCAGCUGUCAGGAAGGCCAGACCGGGGCAGUGAGGGCGAGAUACAUAAGGAUCGAGCCAAGAGCUGCAACCUUAUGUGAGGGGCUGCAGUGGGCCAGAGAAAGAAGAGGGUGAGAGAGAUACAAUUGUUCCCCUGCCUGCUCCUGGACUUUUUGACCUCCUGACCCUGGCUGGAAGGGCAGGGCAGGCAGAGGAGCAAUUCUGGUCGGAGGAGCUGGAGGACAGAAGGGUGUCACCAUUCUCCACACCCUCAUCCCCCUUUCUGCCAGCAGCUGAGAGGGCUAACAGGGUAGGCGGCUGGGGCAUGAACUUGAUGGGGCAGGUGGGUGUGCGGGAAGCCAGCGUCGAGCAAUGACGUUGGAUGAGUCUUCUAUAUAAAGUGUAUCUUCCCUCCUUACCCUAGUUCCCACAUCCUGUCUGCCUUCC